AUGGAAGGAUGGGAUCCGAACACGAAGUCGACGCUAACGCGGAUUCCGCUUCUGACGACAAAGGCGGGGCCAAGAGACGGCGAUGCAUGGAAGCAGAGGCUGAAAGAGGAGUACAAGUCCCUGAUUGCUUAUACCCAGAUGAACAAGUCCAACGACAACGACUGGUUCCGUAUCUCCGCCUCCAAUCCCGAAGGUACGCGUUGGACUGGCAAGUGCUGGUAUGUUCACAACCUCCUCAAGUACGAAUUCGAUCUUCAAUUCGAUAUCCCAAUCACCUACCCUGCAACUGCUCCCGAGCUCGAGCUGCCUGAGAUUGACGGCAAAACCCAGAAGGUUAGGGCUUUCUUUCUCCCCGAUCGGCAAUGUUUUCUGCUCAAUUGGCUUUUGUUUUUUUAUUGA